GGCGGGGGACGGAACUAAACUUUGUCCCUGGGUCCAGCCUCUGAAAGCAGAGGUGGCUUUGGCACAGAGAAACCCACUGUGGUUGCAGGAUGAGGAGCCAGCCUUGGACCCGACAAUGCCAGCCCCUCUGCGCAGAGAGCACACAUCACUAGAGCCAUGGACAAGAAGCCCUUCCACAUCGUGUCACCCCUCCUGGAGAGCCUGUCCCUGUCCAGGGCGGGGGGCACCAGAGUCUACAUGAAGCUGGAGAAUGUCCAGCCCGCGGGCUCCUUCAAGAUCCGGGGCAUCGGCCACCUCUGCCAGGAGGCUGCCAGGAGGGGCUGCCGUGGCUUCGUUUGCUCCUCAGGGGGCAAUGCGGGUCUGGCGGCAGCAUACGCGGCCAAGAAGCUGGGGCUGCCGAUCACUGUCGUGGUUCCCAGCACAACCGGCCCUGGCACCGUGCGCAAGCUGGAGGAGCUGGGGGCAAAGGUGGAGGUGUCUGGCCAGGUGUGGGAUGAAGCCAACAGGAGAGCCCUGGAGCUGGCGGAGGCGGAGGGCUGGGUCAGCAUCCACCCUUUCGACCACCCACUGGUGUGGCAGGGUCACGCCAGCCUGGUCCAGGAGCUGAAAGACUCGCUGGACACCAAGCCGGACGCCAUCGUGCUGGCAGUGGGCGGGGGGGGGCUGCUGGCAGGAGUGGUGGCCGGUCUGCGCCAGGUGGGCUGGCAGGAUGUCCCCAUCAUUGCCGCCGAGACGUGGGGGGCUCACAGCUUCCAUGCGGCACUGGCGGCCGGCCGGCUCGUCACCCUGCCUGACAUCACCAGCGUGGCCAAGUGCCUGGGAGCCAAGACGGUGGCAGCGAGGGCGCUGGAGUGUGCCCAGGAGUGCCAGGUCAUCUCCCAGGUGGUGGAGGACACAGAGGCUGUGCGAGCCGUGGAGCAGUUCCUGGAUGACGAGCGGAUGCUGGUGCAGCCGGCAUGUGGGGCCGCCCUGGCCCUGCUCUACACGGGACGACUGCAGCGGCUGCAGCAUGAGAGGCGGCUGCAGCCCCCUCUGGGCUCCGUGGUGGUGGUGGUCUGCGGGGGGGCCAGCAUCCAGGUGGCCCAGCUGCGGGCCCUGAAGAACCAGCUGGGGCUGGAGUGAUGCCCGCCCUGAGGAAGGGGAUGCGAUGGAGCCCUAACAGCACCCUCAGCUUGUUUUCCUUCCAAAAUAACCCAAAUAAAGCCCUGCUGCCUGCUGGA